AAUCAAUUUGACUAGUUCCAGACCUCCUUCAGUUCAAAGAAUCAAUUUAAUUGGUUCCAGACCUCCUUCGGCUUCUUCUCUACAAAAAUCCAAUUUAACUAGUUCCAGCCCUUCUCCUUUGGCUUCUUUGUCUCAAAAAAUCAAGUUAACCACUUCUUUGGAUUAUUUAACUAGUUUCAGCUCUUUUCCUUCAGCUUUUUCAGCUAGUUCCAAACCCUUUUCAGCUUCUUCGACUCAGAAACCAUCCAUUAACUUAGAAAAAUUAAAAGAUAUAAGAGGAAGCGAUGAUAUAGAUUUAUCAGAGGACAACUACCAGAAUUUAGCUAAAGAAUUAUCUGAUUUACAUAUGAAAUACAAUCAGUUAGAAUGA